AUGAGCCUUGUAAACCCAGCCCUUGAUCCUUUCUCUUUAGCUGAUCCCACCCAAAGGGCAGAUUGUGGCCAUGAAUCUGGGGAUCAUCUAUGUAUCUCUGUGGACAGUUGGUGGGCUGAUCUUAAUUAUUAUCUCUCUGCAAUACCCUUCCUUGCUGUGGUUGAUUCUGGCAUAAUGGGAAUAUCAUCAGACAAUGUCACCUUUCUGCCACCAUCCAAGGAUCAGAUGAAUUUUUGUUAUAAUGUUUCUAGCUGUUAUUCAUCCUUUCCAGAUACAAUGAAAAAAUGGAAUAAAUUUUACCAGCAGGUAAAGUCAUAUUCUAGUAACUUUGAUGACCUCUUGAAGUACUUAUGGAUUGCACAUGUCUCAUCCUUGAAGGUUGCUUGUAAAAAAUUGUCUAUUAGGUUACAACAUUACUCUAAACAAGAAGCAGAGUUGGAAAGCAGCAGAGCUUUGUUUGUGGAUUAUUUAGCUCCACCCCUCUUCCCUUCAGCUUUGAUUAGAACAUAUGGACUCCAGAAGGGCCUGCCAACACAAAUGCUUGUUAGUGGGAAUAGAGCCCCCUUCAUCAGUGACUUUACAGGCUUUCAGAACACAGUCCUGCUUGGUCUAAAUUUUCUCCACAAAGUGUAUAAGUAUACAGCUGAAACUUUAAUCAGUAACUACCUUUGUGAUCAGCUCAACCCUCAGCUAAUGAUUGUUCUAGUCCUCAGACCAGAACGGCUCCAGUAUGUUGGGUACAGGAAACAGGAAACAGGAAACAGUGGCCCUUGCAAGUUUCUAACCCAAAGAGCUGAGGGGAGGCAUAUUCCAACAAUCCCCCUGGAAACCAAGGAGCCCUUCUGA